CGCGCGGAGAACCCGCUGCCACCGCCGGUGUGAGGCGGCCCGGCCUGGCUCCCUUCGCUGGGAAGCCCGCCCAGGAGCCGCCGCCGGGUCCCGCUCGUCGGCCGCCUCAGCCUCAGCCCCAACCUCAGCCGCCGUCGUUGCGCCUGCUCCCGGGCCGUCCCGGCCUGUGCCGUCGCCGCACCCAGCGUCGGAGCCAUGGCGGGCGCCGCGUCCCCCUGCGCCAACGGCUGCGGGCCCGGCGCGCCCUCGGACGCCGAGGUGCUGCACCUCUGCCGCAGCCUCGAGGUGGGCACCGUCAUGACUUUGUUCUACUCCAAGAAGUCGCAGCGACCCGAGCGGAAGACCUUCCAGGUCAAGCUGGAGACGCGCCAGAUCACGUGGAGCCGGGGCGCCGACAAGAUAGAGGGGGCCAUUGAUAUUCGUGAAAUCAAGGAGAUCCGCCCAGGGAAGACCUCACGGGACUUUGAUCGCUAUCAAGAGGACCCCGCUUUCCGGCCGGACCAGUCACACUGCUUUGUCAUUCUCUAUGGAAUGGAAUUCCGCCUGAAGACGCUGAGCCUGCAAGCCACAUCUGAGGAUGAAGUGAACAUGUGGAUCAAGGGCUUAACUUGGCUGAUGGAGGAUACUUUGCAGGCACCCACACCCCUGCAGAUUGAGAGGUGGCUCCGGAAGCAGUUUUACUCAGUGGAUCGGAAUCGUGAGGAUCGUAUAUCAGCCAAGGACCUAAAGAACAUGCUGUCCCAGGUCAACUACCGGGUCCCCAACAUGCGCUUCCUCCGAGAGCGGCUGACGGACCUGGAGCAGCGCAGCGGGGACAUCACCUACGGGCAGUUUGCUCAGCUGUACCGCAGCCUCAUGUACAGCGCCCAGAAGACGAUGGACCUCCCCUUCUUGGAAGCCAGUACUCUGAGGGCUGGGGAGCGGCCGGAGCUUUGCCGAGUGUCCCUUCCUGAGUUCCAGCAGUUCCUUCUUGACUACCAGGGGGAGCUGUGGGCUGUUGAUCGCCUCCAGGUGCAGGAGUUCAUGCUCAGCUUCCUCCGAGACCCCUUGCGAGAGAUCGAGGAGCCAUACUUCUUCCUGGAUGAGUUUGUCACCUUCCUGUUCUCCAAAGAGAAUAGUGUGUGGAACUCGCAGCUGGAUGCAGUAUGCCCGGACACCAUGAACAACCCCCUUUCCCACUAUUGGAUCUCUUCCUCACACAACACGUACCUGACCGGGGACCAGUUCUCCAGUGAGUCCUCCUUGGAAGCCUAUGCUCGCUGCCUGCGGAUGGGCUGUCGCUGCAUUGAGUUGGACUGCUGGGACGGCCCAGAUGGGAUGCCAGUUAUUUACCAUGGGCACACCCUUACCACCAAGAUCAAGUUCUCAGAUGUCCUGCAAACCAUCAAGGAGCAUGCCUUUGUGGCCUCAGAGUACCCAGUCAUCCUGUCCAUUGAGGACCACUGCAGCAUUGCCCAGCAGAGGAACAUGGCCCAGCACUUCAAGAAGGUGCUAGGGGACACACUCCUCACCAAGCCCGUGGAGAUCUCCGCUGAUGGGCUCCCCUCACCCAACCAGCUUAAGAGGAAGAUCCUCAUCAAGCACAAGAAGCUGGCGGAGGGCAGUGCCUACGAGGAGGUGCCUACAUCCAUGAUGUACUCUGAGAACGACAUCAGCAACUCCAUCAAGAAUGGCAUCCUCUACCUGGAGGACCCUGUGAACCACGAAUGGUAUCCCCACUACUUCGUUCUGACCAGCAGCAAGAUCUACUACUCUGAGGAGACCAGCAGUGACCAGGGCAACGAGGAUGAGGAGGAGCCCAAGGAGGUCAGCAGCAGCACAGAGCUGCACUCCAAUGAGAAGUGGUUCCAUGGGAAGCUAGGGGCAGGGCGUGACGGGCGGCACAUCGCUGAGCGCCUGCUCACUGAGUACUGCAUCGAGACCGGGGCCCCUGACGGCUCCUUCCUCGUGCGAGAGAGUGAGACCUUCGUGGGCGACUACACGCUCUCUUUCUGGCGGAAUGGGAAAGUCCAGCACUGCCGUAUCCACUCACGGCAAGAUGCUGGGACCCCCAAGUUCUUCUUGACAGACAACCUCGUCUUUGACUCCCUCUAUGACCUCAUCACACACUACCAGCAGGUGCCUCUGCGCUGCAAUGAGUUUGAGAUGCGACUUUCAGAGCCUGUCCCACAGACGAAUGCCCACGAGAGCAAAGAGUGGUACCACGCGAGCCUGACCAGAGCACAGGCUGAGCACAUGCUGAUGCGUGUCCCUCGUGAUGGGGCCUUCCUGGUGCGGAAGCGGAAUGAGCCCAACUCAUAUGCCAUCUCUUUCCGGGCUGAAGGCAAGAUCAAGCAUUGCCGUGUCCAGCAAGAGGGCCAGACUGUGAUGCUAGGGAACUCGGAGUUCGACAGCCUUGUUGACCUCAUCAGCUACUAUGAGAAGCACCCGCUAUACCGCAAGAUGAAACUGCGCUAUCCCAUCAACGAGGAGGCGCUGGAGAAGAUUGGCACAGCUGAGCCUGACUACGGGGCCCUGUAUGAGGGACGCAACCCUGGCUUCUAUGUAGAGGCAAACCCUAUGCCAACUUUCAAGUGUGCAGUCAAAGCUCUCUUUGACUACAAGGCCCAGAGAGAGGAUGAGCUGACCUUCACCAAGAGCGCCAUCAUCCAGAAUGUGGAGAAGCAAGAGGGAGGCUGGUGGCGAGGGGACUACGGAGGGAAGAAGCAGCUGUGGUUCCCAUCAAACUACGUGGAAGAGAUGGUCAACCCCGUGGCCCUGGAGCCAGAGAGGGAGCACUUGGACGAGAACAGCCCCCUAGGGGACUUGCUGCGGGGGGUCUUGGAUGUGCCGGCUUGUCAGAUUGCCAUCCGUCCUGAGGGCAAGAACAACCGGCUCUUCGUCUUCUCCAUCAGCAUGGCGUCGGUGGCCCACUGGUCCCUGGAUGUUGCUGCUGACUCACAGGAGGAGCUGCAGGACUGGGUGAAAAAGAUCCGUGAAGUGGCCCAGACCGCAGAUGCCAGGCUCACUGAAGGGAAGAUAAUGGAACGGAGGAAGAAGAUCGCCCUGGAGCUCUCUGAACUUGUUGUCUACUGCCGGCCUGUUCCCUUCGAUGAAGAGAAGAUUGGCACAGAACGUGCUUGCUACCGGGACAUGUCAUCCUUCCCGGAAACCAAGGCUGAGAAAUACGUGAACAAGGCCAAAGGCAAGAAGUUCCUUCAGUACAAUCGACUGCAGCUCUCCCGCAUCUACCCCAAGGGCCAGCGACUGGAUUCCUCCAACUACGAUCCUUUGCCCAUGUGGAUCUGUGGCAGUCAGCUGGUGGCCCUCAACUUCCAGACCCCUGACAAGCCUAUGCAGAUGAACCAGGCUCUCUUCAUGACGGGCAGGCACUGUGGCUACGUGCUGCAGCCAAGCACCAUGCGGGAUGAGGCCUUCGACCCCUUUGACAAGAGCAGCCUCCGCGGGCUGGAGCCAUGUGCCAUCUCUGUUGAGGUGCUGGGUGCCAGACAUUUGCCAAAGAAUGGCCGAGGCAUUGUGUGCCCUUUUGUGGAGAUUGAGGUGGCUGGAGCUGAGUAUGACAGCACCAAGCAGAAGACAGAGUUUGUGGUGGACAAUGGACUCAACCCUGUAUGGCCGGCCAAGCCCUUCCACUUCCAGAUCAGUAACCCUGAAUUUGCCUUUCUGCGCUUUGUGGUGUAUGAGGAAGACAUGUUUAGUGACCAGAAUUUCCUGGCUCAGGCUACUUACCCGGUAAAAGGCCUGAAGACAGGAUACAGAGCAGUGCCUUUGAAGAACAACUACAGUGAGGACCUGGAGUUGGCCUCCCUGCUGAUCAAGAUUGACAUUUUCCCUGCCAAGCAGGAGAAUGGUGACCUCAGUCCCUUCAGUGGUACGUCCCUGCGGGAGCGGGGCUCAGAUGCCUCAGGCCAGCUGUUUCACGGCCGAGCCCGGGAAGGCUCCUUUGAAUCCCGCUACCAGCAGCCAUUUGAGGACUUCCGCAUCUCCCAGGAGCAUCUUGCAGACCAUUUUGACAGUCGAGAACGAAGGGCCCCAAGAAGGACUCGGGUCAAUGGAGACAACCGCCUCUAGUUGUACCCUAGCCUCGUUGGAGAGCAGCAGGUGCUGUGCGCCUCGUAGAAUGCCGCGAACUGGGUUCUUUGGAAGCAGCCCCCUGUGGCGGCCUUCCGGGUCUCGCAGCCUGAAGCCUGGAUUCCAGCAGUGAAUGCUAGACAGAAACCAAGCCAUUAAUGAGAUGUAUUACUGUUUUGGGCCUCCAUGUCCCAGCUCUGGAUGAAGGCAAAAACUGUACUGUGUUUCGCAUUAAGCACACACAUCUGGCCCUGACUUCUGGAGAUGGAGCCUUCCAUCUUGUGGGGCCAGGACCAUGGCCGAAGCCCCUUGGAGAGAGAGGCUGCCUCAGCCAGUGGCACAGGAGACUCCAAGGAGCUACUGACAUUCCUAAGAGUGGAGGAGGAGGAGGAGCCUUGCUGGGCCAGGGAAACAAAGUUUACAUUGUCCUGUAGCUUUAAAACCACAGCUGGGCAGGGUGAGAGGCUAGAUGCCCCUGCAGUUUGGCCCUGGAGCCAGGGUAGAGGAAUGUAGGGCCUGCAUGGAGAAGGGCUCUGCCCUGCCUGAGGAGGACAACACAGCACAAGGGCACAUUGCCCAUGGCUGGGAACAUGACCCAGCCUGAAAGAUACAGGGGAUCAUGUUAAAAAUAGCAGUAUUAUUUUUCUUCUCAAUGGUAUUGUAACUAAGUUAUUUACUCCUCCUGCUCCUCACCCUUGUAGGGAAACCUUGGAGUAGAGCCUUGGCGAGGAGAGUGGCAGGUGGGCUGCCUGCUGUGUUAAGAGGGCUUAGUUUGUGUAAAGCACUGUCAGGAAUGGGGGGCGGGGUGGGGGGAGGGGAAGAGAAGAAGUAGCAGAGCCUAUUUUGGUGAGGUGGUUUUUAAGUCAAAGAAGACUCAGUAUGCUUUCCCUGAGGAAUGAAAAAGUGAUUGAGGAGUUGCCUGCCUCCUGGGUGGGCAUUUUCAGGGGUACAGGCAGUUGGGUGCUGAAUGAAGCUGCCAUCCUUAUUGCAGCUUCUAACCAGUAAAAAAGAUCCAGGGAGGGAGAUGGGAAGGUUAAAAAGGCAGCCCGCACCUCAGGACAGAGGCCGGGGUCCAGGCCCGUGGGCGCAAAGGUGCCUCAUAGCAUAGCCAGCAUUCAGCACACACAAACCUACUGCCCACAUUUGGGCUCAGGGUUGGCCAUUUGCUAGUUCUGCUGCCCUCUUAAGAUCUGACUGCCAAAUAAAUCAUCCUCAUGUCCUUUU